AUGAAUAAUAUAGGUUGCUUUUCCAAUAAAAAAAGCAGAGCAUCAAAAACUCCUGAGGAAAUUUAUAAUAAUGAUUCAAGCUUUUCACAUAUUAUAAGUCAGCAGUAGUUUGAUCCAAUAAAUUAUAGAGCAAUAUCUUAGAUUAUAUUUGAGACUGAAAGAGAAAUAGAUAUGAGGACUGUCAUUCAUAUCUAUCAAUAACUAACUUAAUCAUAACAAAUUGAACAUAUAGACUGGGAAGUAAUUGGGUUUUAAAAUAAAGAAAAUAUUAAGAGUGAUUUUAGGGCUGUGGGUCUGCUUGGAUUGCUAAACCUGUUAUAUUUUAUGGGCUAGGACUUGGCCAAAGUAAGGCAAAUCUAUGAAUUGUCCACAGAUAAAGUUCAAAACUAUCCUUUUAUGCUGGCUUGCUUCAACAUCACGAACCUAACUUUGAGGCUUUUAAAUAAUGAUAAAAUCACUAGUUAAUUGAUAAACUUGCAUGAGGAAAAAAAUGCUUUUGUUGCUCUAUAAGAGUAUUACAUUGCUCUAUUGAAAAGGUUCGAUGAGAGAUGGCGAAACGAGAAACUUAAAAUAAAUGACUUCAAUGUUACAUUAGAUUAAAUUGAGAUAGAGAGUAAAAAGGAUAUAGUUAAGUUUAUUCAGAAGAACGGAUAAACCUAGAGUUCAAUUAAUGGUAUGAAAAAUAUGAAUAACUCUAAAAAAUAGAAAGGUGGCAAAGGUUUAAAUCAGACUGAUUUUAGUAAUAUAUGA